AUGGCCGAAGACGUCACCACUGAGGAGGAGGAGGAGGUGCCAAAAGUGGCUAGCUCUUCUCGAACGAAGCAGAACAAGCAUGGCCAGCGAGGUGGUGGUGGCCACCACAGCCGCAAUCGAAAGGCGAGUAAGGACCAAGGUGGUGCCAGCAACAGCAACAAUCAGGUGACGCCGGUGCUGAAGAUGGCCGGCAAGGACCAGAUCGUGGUCACUGACGCCGAGCUGCUGGUGAACGCCAACGCCGGCCAGGAUGCAGCUGCUGGCGCCGGGCUCAUUUUGGUAGACAAUGACGCCUACCUGGCGGCGCUGAAGGAGGGCGAAGCCGCCGGACUGGUGACGCCGCUGGAGGGCACCACCACAAACAGCGUCAAAGAGGCGAUGCGCGUCUUUAAGUCCUCAAAUCAUUACCACAACCACAAAGCUGGUAACAGUGCUGGAGGUGGUGGUAACAGUGGGCACUCCAGUCUGGCGCCCUACAAGACCAUGUCCUUUGGUGGAUCUUCUUCCGCCUCUAAAGGAGGAGGAGGAAGUGCAACAGCUGUAUCAGAAAAGCCGAACAACAACAACAACAAGGUGCCAAAGAAGCAUAAGAAGCAGCAGCGGUCAAAUGCUGCCUCCAAGACGUCCAACUUCAAGGCGAAAAGUAUCUCCAAGACCAAUGUCAAGGCUUCUGCUUCAGCUGGAGGUGGUGAAGUUGAUGUCGGCAAGAGCAGAAGCAACCAAAGGCAGAACAGCAAAGAGAGGACCAAGAAGAACAAGUCUUAG